AUUUCUUCCUCCUCUCAGUGACGGGGAAUUAUAAAUGAGAUGGACAGCAACGUGUCUGCAUUAGAUUCCCAUGAGCUUACUAACUGACCGACUAAAAGUUUGUUGAAACACGUAUUCAAUGCGCAACCGUUUAUUAAUACAACACUUCCUAAAGUAAGCGGUCUCUUUCCACACUAGGGCUCGCUGGAGACAGGAACUGUUUCUCACAGAGCGUUUCCUGGUGUGAGCAAAUUUGUCCUCUUCAUUGGCUCACCAUUAUGACUGGCCAUGGUGAUGCGUAAGUCAGUCAUACUGGAAACCAAAACAGAUUAGCUAAAUAGCUGGAGAAUCACAGAUAAAACAACGCAUUUAAAGCCGGAUUUCCUAGAUGCUAGACCAAGGCUUACUUUUAGCCCAAACUAAUCAAACUAAUAAUUAAGUAAGGCCUCAAAAUAGUAUAACCGACAGAUCUGUAGAUUUCACAACAUUGGUUAUAAUAAAUGUCUUCGAUUAUACUGAGUGAACGUUUUGGUAGUUCAGCCCUUAAUUCCUAUUGACUGUGAACAGGCGUUUCAAGCUUAUGGAGUUCCCAUAGCAACACACAAAACAGUUGGACAUAAACAAGGAAAGAACAAACUGCAAAAGAGGCCCGGGAAAAAAAUCACAACAAUAAAUUUCCGCCCUAAAAGAUCUGUCAGAGAAAAGAUUUUGCGCUGGAGCACCACCAGAGCCGAGCUGUAGCCUGGAUGACUGCCGUCGCUACCAACAUGUUCCAGGAGCAGAACGAGAAGCUGGAUGUCCGGGGGUUCGAACACCACGGCAUGGCACCAUACCCCCUCACGCCCUCAUCACAGAGUGUCUUCACCCCCCAGCCCAUCGACAUGCAUUGCCCCAGUCGGGGACGCACAGGU